AUGCCUCCUCUUCCUUCUCCUCCUCCUCAUCAGAUCAUAAGCCGCACCCUUCGAAAUGCGGGGUGCCUUGCUCCCCGUCCCCCGUGGGCGAAGAAGCUGCCGCCGCCGCACUCCAGGCUCAACUCAACCUCGCAGGCGGUGAGCCACGGGAGAGCUCGCCCUCCCACGACAUGCCCGACGACGCCCGCGAGACGAGGCUUCUGCGCUUCAGGCCACCAUCGCGACUCUGACUUUGCCGCCGCCGCCGACAUGACGCCGCCGUCCGCCGGAGGGGGUCUGCCCCGGUCCAACUCCUGCAGGACGCACGCGAGGGCCCGCCUCCAGGAGACGCUCACGGCCGACCUGCUCGAGAGGCUCCGCCGCUUCUGGUUCAAGCACCUCAAGACGGACGACGCCUACAUCCUGCCGCAGAAGAGCCAGAUGGGGCGGUGGUUCUUUUCCGACGCCGACUUUGACCAGGUUUGCGUGAGAAAGUACCGUCCCGUCCUCGAGGCCAUGAGGUCGGCGCGGACAACGAGCAAAGACCUGCUCUCCAUCCUGAGGCCCUCCACACCCCUGCAGUGGCUCGGCCUCGUCCUCCUCCUGGACCAGGUCCCGCGCAACGUCUACCGCGGCCCCGAGUCGUCCGUCGUCUUCCACUUCUUCGACCCCGUCGCCCGCGAGGUCGCCCAGCACGCCAUCGAAGCCGGCGCCCCGACCCACCACCGGGUCCGGUACCGCGUCGCCUACCGCAUGUGGUUCUACCUGCCCCUCAUGCACUCCGAGGACCUCGCGCUGCACGACGCCGCCGUCGGCCACUACCGCCGCAUGAGGGACGACUUCGAGGAGCUCAUGGCCGGCGACGGCGCCGCCGGGCCCGACGACCAGCGCAAGUGCUGGGGCGUGCUGGCCGCCCGCCGCGAGGCCGCCCGGGACCUGCUCGAGACCAACUACGACUUUGAGAUGAAGCACCGGGACAUCAUCGUGCAGUUCGGCCGGUACCCCCACAGGAACGCCGCCAUGGGCCGGCCCUCGACGGCCGAGGAGAGGGACUAUCUCGACAACGGCGGCGAGACGUUCAACAACAGCAGCAGCGGCGGCAGCGGCGGCGACGGCAAGUAA